AAUCAGAUUUUUCUCAUUCAGGCGAGUGGGUUGUUGAAACGGAGAACAAGGAUGGCAACAAGGAGCAACACAGUUUUGAAGCUGUGAUGAUCUGUAUUGGACAUCACUGCAACCCCAAUAUGCCUCUUCAUGACUUUCCAGGCAUUGAAACUUUCACGGGGAAGUAUUUCCACAGCAGAGACUACAAGACUCCCGAGGAGUGGAGGAAUAAAAAGGUCGUGGUGAUUGGAAUUGGAAACUCUGGAGGAGACAUAGCAGUGGAACUGAGUAGAGUCACCAAGCAGCUUUACCUGAGCACUCGAAGGGGAUCAUGGAUUCUGAACAGAAUGUGGGACAAUGGGAUUCCCGUUGACUUGUUUUUGAACAGGGUGACAGGUUUCCUAAGAAAAAAUCUUCCCUUUGGUGUUUUAUGUAGUCUGAGAGAGAGCCAGCUCAACAAAAGAUUUGAUCACGCUCUGUACAACCUGAAGCCAAGGCACAGGUACA